GGGGCGUCUCCCCUUUAAAGACUUGCAGAGAUUGAGAGAGAAAGAGAAGAGAGAGAGAGUCAGGGACAGAGAAUCAGAGAGAGAGAGAGGGCGCGCAAGUCUGUCUGUCUGUCUGUCUCUGGGAAGAGAGAACACCUCUGCUUCACAGUGAUUUGCACUGGGGGAGAGGCAUCAAUUGGCUUCAGAUCCAAGGGGGAGACCAGACCAGGUCACCCCAGUUAAGACUAAGUGAGCGUUGCCCCUCCCUCUCCCACCUCUCUCUACACGGGAAUGUCUCGGCGAAAGCAGCGGAAACCCCAACAGUUAAUCUCGGACUGCGAAGGUCCCAGCGCGUCUGAGAACGGUGAUGCUAGCGAGGAGGACCACCCCCAAGUCUGUGCCAAAUGCUGCGCACAAUUCACUGACCCAACUGAAUUCCUCGCCCACCAGAAUGCAUGCUCUACUGACCCCCCUGUAAUGGUGAUAAUUGGGGGCCAGGAGAACCCCAACAACUCUUCGACCUCUUCUGAACCCCGGCCUGAGGGCCACAACAGUCCCCAGGUCAUGGACGCAGAGCACAGCAACCCCCCAGAUUCUGGGUCCUCGGUGCCCACAGAUCCCACCUGGGGCCCAGAGCGGAGAGGAGAGGAGUCUGCGGGGCAUUUUCUGGUCGCUGCCACAGGUACAGCAGCUGGGGGAGGUGGGGGCCUGAUCUUGGCCAGUCCCAAGCUGGGAGCAACCCCCUUACCUCCAGAAUCCACCCCUGCACCCCCUCCUCCUCCACCGCCACCUCCGCCCCCAGGUGUAGGCAGCGGCCACUUGAACAUCCCUCUGAUCUUGGAAGAGCUCCGGGUGCUGCAGCAGCGGCAGAUCCAUCAGAUGCAGAUGACUGAGCAAAUCUGCCGGCAGGUACUGCUGCUUGGAUCCUUAGGCCAGACAGUGGGCGCCCCUGCCAGUCCCUCAGAGUUACCUGGGACAGGGACUGCCUCCUCCACCAAGCCCCUGCUUCCCCUCUUCAGCCCUAUCAAGCCUGUCCAAACUGGCAAGACACUGGCACCUUCCUCCUCCACCUCCUCCUCCUCAGGGGCAGAAACACCCAAGCAGGCUUUCUUCCACCUUUAUCAUCCACUGGGGUCACAGCACCCUUUUUCUGCUGGAGGGGUUGGGCGAAGCCACAAGCCCACGCCUGCCCCCUCCCCAGCCCUGCCAGGCAGCACAGAUCAGCUGAUUGCCUCGCCUCAUCUGGCAUUCCCAGGCACCACGGGACUACUGGCAGCACAGUGUCUUGGGGCAGCCCGAGGCCUCGAGGCCGCUGCCUCCCCAGGGCUCCUGAAGCCAAAGAAUGGAAGUGGUGAGCUGGGCUAUGGGGAAGUGAUGGGUCCCUUGGAGAAACCCGGUGGACGACACAAAUGCCGCUUCUGUGCCAAAGUAUUUGGCAGUGACAGUGCCCUGCAGAUCCACCUGCGUUCACACACAGGUGAGAGGCCCUAUAAAUGUAAUGUCUGUGGCAACCGCUUUACCACCCGCGGCAACCUCAAAGUGCAUUUCCACCGUCAUCGUGAGAAGUACCCACACGUGCAGAUGAAUCCUCACCCGGUGCCAGAGCACCUAGACUACGUCAUCACCAGCAGCGGCCUGCCUUAUGGUAUGUCUGUGCCACCAGAGAAAGCUGAGGAGGAGGCAGCCAUGCCAGGUGGAGGUGUGGAACGCAAGCCUCUGGUGGCCUCCACCACAGCACUCAGUGCCACAGAAAGCCUGACACUACUCUCCACUGGUGCAGGCACAGCCACAGCUCCUGCGCUCCCUGCUUUCAAUAAGUUUGUGCUCAUGAAAGCAGUAGAGCCAAAGAGUAAAGCUGAUGAAAAUACCCCUCCAGGGACUGAGGCCUCCGCCAUCUCCGGGGUAGCAGAAAGUGGCACAGCAACCCGCAUGCAGCUAAGUAAGCUGGUAACUUCACUACCCAGCUGGGCACUGCUUACCAACCACUUUAAAUCCACUGGGAGCUUCCCCUUCCCCUAUGUGCUAGAGCCCUUGGGGACCUCACCCUCUGAGACAUCAAAGCUACAGCAACUGGUAGAAAAGAUUGACCGACAGGGAGCUGUGGCAGUGGCCUCUACUGCCUCAGGAGCCCCCACCACCUCUGCCCCUGCAGCUUCAUCCUCAGCCUCAUCCGGACCUAACCAGUGUGUCAUCUGCCUCCGGGUGCUAAGCUGUCCUCGAGCACUGCGCCUGCAUUAUGGCCAACAUGGAGGUGAGCGGCCCUUCAAAUGCAAAGUGUGUGGCAGAGCCUUCUCCACACGAGGCAAUCUGCGUGCACAUUUUGUGGGCCACAAGGCCAGCCCAGCUGCCCGGGCUCAGAACUCCUGCCCCAUCUGCCAGAAGAAGUUCACCAACGCUGUUACUCUGCAGCAGCAUGUUCGGAUGCACCUGGGGGGCCAAAUCCCCAACGGUAGUACCACAUUCCCCGAAGGCGGGGGAGCUGCCCAGGAGAAUGGCUCUGAGCAGUCUACAGUCUCUGGAGCAGGGAGUUUCCCUCAGCAGCCAUCCCAGCCAUCCCCAGAAGAGGAAUUGUCUGAAGAGGAGGAAGAGGACGAGGAAGAAGACGAAGAUGUAACCGAUGAAGAUUCUCUGGUAGGAAGAGGUUCAGAGAGUGGAGGUGAGAAGGCAAUAUCAGUGCGAGGUGAUUCGGAAGAAGCAUCUGGGGCAGAGGAGGAAGUGGGGACAGUGGUGGCAGCAGCCACAGCUGGGAAGGAGAUGGACAGUAAUGAGAAAGCAAUUCAACCACCUCCUUUGCCACCGCCACCGCCACCACCGCCGCCACCACCACCACCUGACAGCCUGAAUCAAACACCGCCAGUGGAGCAGGGAGGCGGUGAUGUUGCAGGAGGCACAGAAGAGGGGGGCAAACCACAGAGGAGCUCAAGCCCAACGUCAGCAUUUGCCCUUGAAGGCGAAGGCAGCAGCACCACCUUGGUGGAGGAGCUGAGCAUGCAGGAAGCAAUGAGAAAGGAGCCAGGAGAGGGCAGUAGCAGAAAGGCCUGUGAAGUGUGUGGCCAGACCUAUCCCACCCAGGCAGCUCUGGAAGAACAUCAGAAGAUCCACCCCAAGGAGGGACCACUCCUCACUUGUGUUUUCUGCAGGCAGGGUUUUCUCGAGCGGGCUACCCUCAAGAAGCAUAUGCUGCUGGCUCACCACCAGAUGCACCUGAGCACCCACAUUUGGAAAUUGCAGCCCUUUGGGCCGGCAGCUGUCCCUGGAGGGCCCAGUGCCACUCCUCUCUGGUGACCAGGUCAAUCUGCAGGACUUCUUGUCCCAAGACAUUCCUCCCAGCUGGUGAGGGUGGUUCCCCUGUCUCUCUGGAACCAGUACAUGUCUUUCCCGUCAAGUGGGCUACCUACCAAGUCCGGGAGGUCCAUCUCCACCUCCACUACCACUUCAGGCCUGGCACCACCAGUGCUGUUUGGCCUAGGAACUGUGGCUAGAAAGGUGCCUGUAGCCAUGGGAUCCAGAGAGGCCAAGGAGGAGAGAGACCCCCUCUUCUUAUUUCAGCCACUUGCAUCCACGGCAUUGCCUGAGAAGCCCAUCAUAGAAGAGAAAUAGCAAACUGUACAUUCCUUCUCUUUCCCCCUGCUCCACAAGGUGCCAUCAAUGAAGCUGCAGCAAUAUCUGUAUCUGUGGCUCGGCCCUAGGAGGUAGGGAGAAAUGUAGGGCAUAGGACACUCUUCCCAGUAAACUCCUUGAUAGUCAGUCACAUCAAGGCAAAGGUGUUGGCUGGUCAGUAUGCCAAGACAUCUCCAGCUUCUCACAUUCCUUCAUCAUUGCCUCUCAAAGUUAGGAAACAAGCAGAUUACUUGCCAAGAGAUCUCCCGUGGGAAAUGUGAAGUUAGUUCCUAUCUUUAACAAACACUGUUGGUGAGGGCAGUUGAAAUAAUGGUGGAGAGUUGAGGAAUGUUACUAAAGUAUAGGGAUUUAUACUGCGAACCUGUGUUAUUAAGAAAGGGACAUGAGGUAAGGGAAUGGACCUUGAAUUCUUGAUUGGAUGGAUCUCAUGAAUGUUCUUUUGGACUAAUGGUGUGCAGCAGUGUACCACAGAUCAUAGGGGAUUUCCUAGCACUAGUGUGCUUCUAGUUUUAGAUAACUCCCUCCUUUGUUCCCUGGCCCUUUGUAUUUUCCUCAUCUUCCUCUCUCAAGUCCCAUUUCCUCCCCAUCUUGCCUGUCCACGGACUGGGGCUUAUGUCUUUGCUACUGUCUGGUUCUUAGAGUCCCAGACUUUGAGAGAUGAGCUCCAGAUGGUGUCCUCCCUGCUUCUCCGUCUUGUAAUGAGAUGUAGUAUUUACUCUUAACAUAGGAUCAUUUGGAAGAGGAGUUCUGAGGAGGAGAGAGUGUUGGUUCUGCUAUUGACUGACUUGAAUGACAGCUUCUUCUCCGAAGAUGUAGGCUCCAGAGCUUCCUAACAUAGUAAAAUGUGAAGAGCAGUCAAGGGAGAUGUUAGUGUCUUUCCUUUUCAUUAAAGGUGUUUUAACCAAA